UUGGAUUUGGAACUUCACUGAUAGCAGAAGCAGGGGUUGAGAAUGGUCAGGUAUCAAUAGGGUUAAUCACAUCUACCAGGUGGUAAACUCAUUUCUGAAUGAACACAGACAGACUUCCUUUUUUGUUUUAGUUUUUUUUAAUUGUUUUCAUUUUUAUUGGUAUUACAGACAUCGUAAAAAUGAAUCAUUACGGGGUUGAGAUCGCUGCCUUCCUCCUGUGUGUCACUGGUUGGGUCCUGAUAUCCUCAACCAUGCCUACUGAGUACUGGAGAGUGUCGACGAUUGAGGGCACUGUCAUUGUGACGGCCAGCUACUAUUCCAACCUCUGGAAGAUGUGUGUCCACGGUUCAACUGGAGUGUCUGACUGCAAGAACUUCGAGUCUAUGCUGGCACAACCAAAACACAUCAAAGCAUGCAGAGGUCUAUUGAUCAUUGGUAUUAUCCUUUGCACUUUCGGAAACAUAUUUUCCUUGGUCGGGAUGAAAUGUACCAAGAUUGGAGGAUCAGAAAAGAUCAAAACUAGACUGACUUUUCUGGUAGGAAUAAUUCACCUAAUCGGCGGUUUGACGUCUCUGUGCGCAUUCUCAGUGUAUGGGAACAGAGUUACAGCAGAAUUUUUUGACCCACAUUUUCAACACAUAAAAUAUGAAUUAGGUGUUGGUUUGUAUAUUGGAUGGUCAGGUUCUUCAGUUACACUUAUUGGUGGUUCAAUGUACUGUUACUCAACAGUGAAAGAGGGGCUGUUUGAAAGGAAGACAUACAUUUACAAAGGAGCAACCGCCUACAUGAAAACACGAACUGGAAGAUCUCAGCGGUCCAUAGGAACAUAUAGAUACUCACUGAAACAGUCUGACAUAGAUUCCUUUGUUUAAUCGGGAAAGAAAGAAGAAAUAAGAAAGCCGGGUGGAUCACAUUUGUUAGUUCUGCUGUACAGCCCUGCUUACCAAUGGACUUGUCAAUUUCAUUAUGCAAAAUACUACUGACUGUUUGCUACAAUCCCCCAAAGGCAGUUAUAGCUUCACUGCAUUCCCUAAAGGCUGUUAUAGCUUCACCUCAUUCCCUAACGGCAGUUAUAGCUCAGUCUAAGCUCACUGGGGAUGUUUAAUCAUUUUUGCAAUUGCCUUGCUUCAAAGCUCAGUGCUUUAUGUCAGUAAUUGAUAAAACAACAAGAGGGGGGUUUAUAUUAAAAUACUAAAGUGCUCUAGGUAGUGAUGGGCAACAGAAUACUUCAAUGGGACAGUUAUCAGAACAGAUUAAUUACUGGCAAAAACUACUAUCAGUUGGUGAUAUAUGAUUGACAUCAUGUUACAUUAAAGAGUAAGCAGUGGGGUUCUGAAAAAAAAGUAUUCUCCCCACGUGUUGCUACAACUGUUAAAGAACGU